GAACAGGCCCUGGUAUAACCUAAUUGCCAGCCUCAUGGUGUUGCUGGUCACUUGAUAAGUAUGGACGGGCCGUCGUGGCGCCCACGGGUGUGUUUUUACUUCUAUCAAAGCGAUGCGCGAACCCGCAAAAAUGAUUCCUACUACAUCUUCCCUCUUCGCGAUACUUGUGUACCUAGCGACAGAAGCGCGACAAGUACGAGCCGACCCAAAUGCGCCGUGUUACUUUCCUGGUGGCGAGUUCGCACCAGGCUACUUUGCUUGCCAGGCCUUCAACGCUCCAGUUUCUUCUUGUUGUCCGGCAGGGUGGACAUGUUUCAGCAAUGCGCUUUGCAUUACGACGACAGAAAGCAACUCGUUUCCCAACUUGACUCUGGGCGCGGUGCAGCGAGGAGCUUGUACAAAUCCUCAAUGGAAUAACUACAUCUGCGGGAGUGCUUGCCUUGAUAACGGGAACCGCAAAGGCGAAUUAGCUGCCUGUGGAAACGGCCGAUUCUGCUGUGCGUCAGACUUCAACGAAGGAAAAUGUGACUGUUCAUCAAACGAUGAAGAUAGCAGUGCAUUCACCAUCAGUGCCGGCCUGGUGCAAACCAUUAUACAAGUGUCUGACACGACAUUCACGGGAACUCCAUCACUCAGCAUCGCGUCCACGAGGGUUAGCACCGUAAAAGCAUCCGCCACAGGAUCAGGAACUACCAUUCAGAUAACCGAUGACCCAUCAUCAACCUCCCUAACCUCCAGCGAGACCUCUUCAUUGGCGCCGACGACAACGCCAGCUGCUCCACCCAUUGCAAGUUCCAAUGGAGACGUUGGCAGUGACUCCAGCGGCUCUAGUAGUAGUAGUAACGGUCUCAAGAUUGGGCUAGGCGUUGGUAUUCCGGUCGCUGUCUUGGCCGCUGCGGGAGCGUUAGCCUAUCUUCUCUGGUGGAAGCCGAGGCAGGAUGAGCGCGCGCGUCGCAUUUCGCAGCAUGACCAUUACUUUGUGUCGACGGAUCUGGCGGAGAAUGAUCCCCAUGGGCCGGCUAAGUACGAGCCGUAUAGGCAGGCGGCUACAUAGUAAGGAUCGGUCAAGUGAGGGUUGUGUGCUGUGUAGUUUCGAUAUCAGGGGAGGAUGGAGGGACAUCUGCUUUUUGGAAGUAAGGUUGAUCGAGAGGAAAGUAGUGAUGACGAUAUAUACUUCAUCU